AUGGAUGUUAAAAGUGCCUUUUUGAAUUGGAUUCUUGAAGAAGAAGUCUAUGUGGAACAACCAAAAGGGUUCAAUGAUCCUCAUCCAAAUUGUACUCUGUUCAUUCGAAAGACGGGAAAGGAUAUAUUGAUUGCUCAAAUCUAUGUUGAUAACAUAGUGUUUGGAGCUAUAGUUGACUCUCAUUCUCACACUUUUGCUGAGGAAAUGAAGAAAAUAUUUGAAAUGAGUAUGAUUGGAGAGCUGUCAUAUUUCCGAGGUCUACAGGUUCAACAAUCAGACCUCGGAAUGUUUGUCUCUCAGGCCAAGUAUGCAAAGGAGCUUUUGAAAAAAUUUGGCCUUGAUGGAAAGAGUCUCUUUCGGACUCCGAUGAGUAUCAGUGUGAAACUUUCAGCAAAUCAUACUGGAAACAGUGUUAAUCAAACACUCUACAGAAGUAUGAUUGAGAGUCUUUAA